UUUCUGGCAACAGUUUAACGUGGAAAUUAUUGCGAAUUUGUUGUGUUUUUGCGCGUGUCAUUCAGAGGGCGACAAAAAUAAAAACAAAAGACUUGCUUGCCCGCGACAGUGCAACUUUGCAGCAGCAACAUCACUUGCAACCUGUCAAGGUUUUUGGUCUUUUAGGCACUUUAUUUUUUGUUUUUGGCUAGUGAUGAUGGGUGGCUUUUCCAAGGGGCCUUUUACGAGAAAAAUGUCCAAUUAGCGGCGACGACACAUUCAACUUGCAACUUGCAAUCUGCAACUAGCAACAAGUAUUGCAACAGUUAAGUCCUCAGAAGACUUGCCGCAGAAAAAUGCCGCAAAGAUCGCCGUUUGCCAUUCAGGAGCUUCUGGGACUGGCGGUGGCAGCUGCCACAACGGCCUCCACCGGUGCAGCAGCGGCAGCAGCAACACCCGAAACUGCAACCGAUCUGUCAACAACAACAACAACGACAACAGCAACACCGGCUCUAGCAGCAACUGUUGCAGCCACAGUGGCAGCAAAAGAGCGCCAAACUCCAACUCCGCCAGCGACAAAAACCACAACAGUAAACGGAGAAGUUGCAAGCUCACUUGCAACAACAACAUCUGCAUCGGAGGCAGCAGCAACUAGUGCAGUAGCAGCAACGACAUACAGUGGCGGGUCAGUGGAUGCGACGAUGGAGUCGCAACAGGCACAGACGCACCACCAGCAGCAGCACCACUACCGGGAGCACCACCAGAUGACGAUGGCCGCGGCCUCGCGGAUGGCUUACUUCAACGCCCACGCAGCGGUGGCGGCCGCCUUUAUGCCCCACCAGCUGGCGGCCGCCGCUGCCGUGCACCACCACCAGCAGCACCACCAUCCGCACCAGCAUCAGCACUCGCAUCCGCAUCCGCACUCGCAUCCGCACCACCCCGCCCACCAUUCGCACCCGGGAGCCAUGGCAGCCGCUGUGGGGCCACCGCCGCCGCCUUUGCAGCACCACCACCCGAACCACCCGCACCACCCGCUGCUGCACGCCCAGGGAUUUCCGCAGCUGAAAAACUUUGCCGCAGGAUCCGGAACUUGUCUGCCGGGAUCUCUGGCACCCAAGGACUUUGGCAUCGAGGCUCUGAACGGCUUCGGUGUCGGACCGAACAGCAAGAAGAAGAAAAAGAAGCGACGGCACAGCAGGACGAUCUUCACCAGCUACCAGCUCGAGAAACUGGAAGAGGCCUUCAAGGAGGCCCACUACCCCGAUGUGUAUGCCCGCGAGAUGUUGUCCCUGAAGACGGAGCUGCCGGAGGACCGUAUACAGGUCUGGUUCCAGAAUAGACGAGCCAAGUGGCGCAAAACGGAAAAGGUAUGGGGCGGCAGCACCAUUAUGGCCGAGUACGGUCUCUACGGGGCCAUGGUCCGGCACUCGCUGCCCCUGCCAGACACGAUCCUCAAGUCGGCCAAGGACAACGAUGCGGUGGCACCCUGGCUACUAGGUAUGGAUCAGAAAUGCAUGCAUCGGAAAUCCAUUGAGGCCCAGUCCGCCCUCAAGGACGAUUCCGGGGUGAGCGACCACGAGGACUCCGCCGGCUCCAAGUCUGCCCACUCGGAGGAGCUGCGCUCCCACUCGCGAGCUCUCAGCUCAUCCACAGAGUCCCUCAACGUGGUCAGCCCGGCGCCCAGCAGCUGCACCACCUCCGCUUCGACGGCGCCACCCACCUCGACCACGCCCCACGGUAGCAGUGGCUACGCUGGAGCCGACACUCCCACCCCGGGCGGGGCCACCACCAACAGCUCGGGCAGUCCCCACAUCGAGCUCAGCUCCCCCUCGCCCCAGCAGCAGUUGCAGCACCAGCAGCCACCGAUGGGGCAGGCGGGGCAGGUUCCGGUGCAGAUGCCCCAUUACCUGGGCACUGGCGGCGUUGGAGUCGGAGGUGUGUCUGCCGCGCCCAGCUACCAUCCGCUGUUGGACGCGGCCAAUGCCGCCGGUGCAGGUGCCGCUGCCUCCAGCAAGGACUUUCAUCUGAUCAUGAACACGGCCGUGGCAGCAGCAGCGGCUGCGGCACAGCAGCAACAGCAGCAGCAACAGUCGCAUGUGGCAAGUACCCCGCCCGGCUUGCACGCCCACCACCUGGCUGCUGCUCUGAUGGAACACGAUCCGGAUGCUUUUAGAAACAACUCCAUUGCCUGUCUGCGGGCCAAGGCCCAGGAGCAUCAGGCGCGGCUCCUGAACAACGGAGGCCUCUUCCUGCAGGUCCGCAGCUUUGCCGCCCACGCCCAGGCCCAUGCCCAGUCGCAGUCCCUGGAUAUGCUGAAGGUCGGGGAGGGUCCUGGACAGAACGCUUCCCAGUCGCUGCCCAAUCCCGCAUCCAGCAUCAAGCUGGAGUUGGCAGGCGGAGGAUCCUUGGCCGUGGCCGGCGAGGAUGUCUGACAGAGGAAGCCGUAGGGUUCUCAGGCCGCUCCUUACGGCCAGGACGACAAGAGUGCAACACGCCCCGUUACUUAGAACCGCCCCCUGCCUCAAUCCAAGCACACACAAGACACCCCACACACCCCACACACUCCACACACUCCGAAACCAAAUCAAAGAGAAUCGAAACCAAUUUUUUUUACGAAACCUAAGCUUAAGAUCCAGUAACCGCGUAUUGAAAAGAAAACAAACACUACAAGUAAGUUUAUUUUAGCUGUAAGGACACAAGAGGUAGUAUUCUAAGAGGUCCUUCAUCAAGGACCCACUUUUUUUUUCAAAUCUA